AUGGCAAUAUGCACAAAAACAACAGAUACAUUUAAGGUUACACUAUCAUCUCAUCAUGCAAAAUAGAGCUCAUGAGCAUUUGCAUUGUUACCAGUGAUUGUAUCAGUGCAGUUUCAGUCAGAUGGAAUGAAACAGUCCUUCAUGGAGUGAUUUCAUAAAUUCACAUUGUAAAAUUAUGGGAGGACUCAGAUCAAUGAUUGAAUGUAGUACUGAACUGGAAGAAUCUGAGCAGCUGACAGACGAGGAACUGAUUGGAAACAGAGAAGAUGGAAUCAAGAUGGAUAUUAGUUUUGUUGCAUACCUGCUCUGAUUUACUGGAAGAUUUAUCGGUAAACAGAACUUAGGAACAAUUUAAAAUUUCACUUUCAAACUUACGUUACAGAACCGGUGAUGCUUCAGAUCUGAGCUCUGAAAUGAACGGUGGUCUGUGAAGUUUUCUUUUAAAGAGACAGCUCUGUUUAUGCUUGUGUGUACCUUUGAGGUCUGAUAACUGUGUUGAAUUUUUUUAGCUUCCUCAUAAAACGUUUGCAGACUUUUUGAUUAUUUUCAAACCUGCCUUGCUAAUUUCAGCCCAUCAUCACUCCCAAGUCAUCAAAUAUCACCACUUGGGUCAGUAGGGGUAGGAGUCAUCAGAGGAUCCAAGAUACGAUAUUAUCACAAUAUUAUCAUGAUUUCUAAUAUGUUGCAAUAUGCUGAGUAAUUGCAAUUAAAAAUAUUGCAAUUUAUUACCUUUUUUCAACUGUAAAUUAUGUCCCCAAAGGAAAAUAUGUCAACAUCUGCUUUAUGUAAUAAGAUACAGUUUUCAGUCUGUUUAUCUCACCUCAGUAAUUUUAUGCAGCAGCAAAAUGUAUCUAGUGGACUGAAAAGGCAAUCGAUUAUAUUAUUCUAAUAGGCCAUCAGGAGUUUAAUUCUUCGUAAUCAUUUAUAUAUUAAAAAAUAUAUAUAUAUCAAAAAUUGAUACUUGCACUAAGUGACAAUAUGAUAUUGCCACACAAAAAUAUUGCGAUACAAUGCUGUAUCAAUUUUUUCCUCCACGUGCAUUGGUUAGUGAUUUUAGCAUCAGACACUGAUGCAAAAAUGCAGUAUGAUAUGACACUGAUUAUCAUAGGUUUACAACACUGGCAGAUGGCUUCAGUUUAAAAUGCUGCCAGCAACAAAGUAUGCUGCUCAGAAAAAUGAAGCCCCCUGAGUGGAGGGACUCGCAGACCCCCCACUUAAUAUGUGUCCCCCCAAGUGUUCAGACAAAAAGUAACCCUUGUCUGCAUGACUGUAAGGGUAUUGAAAUUGUUUGUCACAUCAUAGGUACUGCACAAACUAAGGGUGCUUUCCCACCUGUUGUUGGGCUCAUUUGGUUACCAGAAGGAAAACAUUAUCCACUGUUGCAUUUUAGUUUCAGUUCAGUUCCUGCUCACACUGACUUUUUGCAAAUAAACCAACAGAGGUAAGCAUGAAGUUCUACCGACUGACAGGUAACUCAUUGAUUGUACUCUUUUGGCGUUUGUCAUCCUGCAUCAUCAGUGCAUCAUCAGGACCCACGUGGGGAAAUCAAAUUCUGGUGACUGAAAGAAGUUUAUGCAGCAGCACUUUAAUGCUUCUAAAGUGUUUAUAUUUCCAUUCUUUGUUUUCACAAAGAGCUCAUAGAGAAAUAACUGAUUGUAAGCAUUACUAGACUAUUAUUAGACUGCAAAUCAAUGGCACGUUAUGAAUAAUGACUAGCAUAGAGACAGGAUGAACAGUAAUGAUUGUACAGUCUUGUACAGUCUUGUACAGUAAUAAUCCAGGGCUUAAUAUUGUGGGAUCACUGUCACACACUUUUUUAAUGGACUUAAUAAAUAGACAAAGUUCAUGGUUGGAUACAAUGAUGGUAGUUUUCACAGCUUUUAACCAGGGAAAAUACCUUCUCUGACGUGCAUAUGUGUUACCAUGGUUACUAGGGUGUGUGUGUGUGUGUGUGUGUGUGUGUGUGUGUGUGUGUGUGUGUGUGUGUGUGUGAAUGCAAACACCAAGUAUCAAGAAUUGAAUUUCUGCAAAUAUACAUUUAAAUACAACUUUCUGGUACUAGUAUAAUAAAAUCAAAUGCUUUUUCAGUCCAUUAGAUGGUACUGAGGGUUUUUUUUCUGGUGAGGUCAGCAGAGGCUUCAGUCACCGGUAUUUGGACAUGAGAGAAGUCUUUCUUGUAGAGUUUCUCCCAGAAAGUCCUUUCUGACAGAAAUCCAUUCAUUUGAACUCAAACCACGACUAUUUUUAACCUUAAUCAAGAUAUCCCUUUCUGGAGGAAAGGAAGGAAAAUUUCUCCCAACUGUGCAACAUUUGGCAGGAAGUUCGUCAAAACAGAAAUGGAUGCAUCGGCAAAAGAAAUCAGAAAUGAAAAUCAAAUGCCUGGACCUAUUAUGGAUUUUUUUAACACAGAAGGAAGGGAGGACUUGGAUAUGACACAUGGGAUUUACAAGCAGUGUCGUAUGAGAAUAAAAUAUUUUGGAAAUACAAUGAACAUGUGGGCUUGCCUUACACUCCACCAUCCAGAGAUAGUGUUAGCUGCUGAUGGCCAAGCUAGCACUAAACUCACUCUGCUGAAAAAUCAACACUGGACACACUUAAACUAACAAAUUACAAACUAUCAUCCAACUCUGAGAGAGCUAAGAAAAUAACACAGUCUAUCACCUACUUAAUGUGCAAAGAUCUGCGUCCAUUCAGCGAUGUUGAAAACAAAGGCUUUUGCUACAUACUAAAAACAUCAGAACCGAGGUAUGUGAUCCAUCCAGACGUUUUUCACCGACACAGCUGUACCGAAGCUCUACAAAGAAGUGAAGCAUAAGGUCAAGGAAUCUUUAAAUGCAGCAGGAAGGGUGGCAUUAACUUGUGACACCUGGACUUGAUGAGUGGAUUCAUAUGCGACUAUAACGGGGCAUCAUCUCACAGAUGGCAAUACUCAGCAUAUUGCAAUAAUGUCAUAUUGUGACCCAAGUAUCGUGACAAUAUCGUAUCAUGGGUCCUCUGGCGAUUCCCAGGUGUAUGCACUAGCAGAAAUAGGUUAUAGGAUAUACAUGGCCCUUUUCAGGAUCAAUUAUGAGAUGAUGGACAGAUUUCAUGAUCAGCAGAUGGAUUUAUUAUUGAUUUAGCUGCUGCUAAAAUCACAUAUCUGCUAUCAUAAAAUCCUGUGGUUGGUUCGUUUUCUUUAACACCACAAACAAAAUGCACCUGAGUCCGUUUGGAAGCGGACUGAGACCCACCUUUUUGAGCAAUCUUGGCGGGGUUGUUUGGUCCACGCCGGGGUUCAAUUGACAGCUUUCACACCAGCCCAAACAAAAUGUACUAACUGCACGAAUGGACCUGAGUGUGUCUUAACCAAACCAAACAGGUUAGGAGUGAUAGCACCCUAAUACUACCUCAUUCGCCAAUAUACUCUAAAAAUUAAUCCCUGAGAGGUGAAAUCCAAACUAGAGAAUGACCAGUCAUCUUUUCCUAAAGCUGAGUGCAGUAAAGUGAAAAAAACACAGUUAAGUGAUGUUCUGCUCCAGUUUACAAGAUAACAAAGAAGCACUCAAAACUGGAGUCAACGUAGAUUCUUAGUGACCGAGAUGACACUGUGAAAAGUGAAGCUCGGAAGACUACUGCCCCAAAGAUAACGAGGAACGAGGCUGUAUGAAGGUCUAAUUAAACUGGCUUUUGGGUUUGAGGGCACACACACACACACACACACACACACACACACAGCCAUAACACACAGGACACCGAUACACUGUGACACAUCAACACACAAAGAAUGGGCUCAGACAGAGUCAGUACAAUAACGCUGCUACAGUAGACGAUCAGUUCACCAAUGCUGGAACCCAGAAGACACACACAGACAUACUCAUUUUAGAUUUUGUUUUAUACAUCACCCAACAUAAAACUGGGGAAUUUGUUUAGAUUUACACUUUGUUUCACAUUAAAUAACCCUCUGUACAUUUCCUCAUUCAGUAGAAAGAUGUAUGAAACUGAUGAUAUAACUGAGCCAAAUCAGGGCUUGAAACACCUUCACAUCAACACACAACAGCUCUCUGUCCCUUCCUUUCUCUCUCUCCAACCUUAUUUGCCCUUCACUGUUGUCUCUGUUCUCUGUCUGGCAGCCCCAGCACAAUCUGUGUUUUUAUCUGUCACCCUUUAAAGAGACAUAGCCCAGAUGCCACUUCCAUUCACUCACAGUUGUUGAUGAAUUGUGUGUUUGUCUGUGUGACCCUGGAUUGUCAGAGGUACUGAUUACAAGAAAAAAAAUCCACCCUAAGAAUUUAUCCACAUCACCAUAGGACAGGUUUUAAAAGAAAAUUUCCACCUGUCAAAGCUUACACGUGACUAAUCUGUGCCACUGGCAACAACACAAGGUGACUUUGUGAGUACAGAUAGAGUUGGCCAAAUGGAUUGCAUUUCCUAAUGGUGCAAAUAAUUCUAAAGUAGACAGUGAACUCAAAAUUGACCUGGGAGUCUCAUUCACAAUCUGAGGCACAUUAAGAUACCCAAGGUUAGAUCUUACAGUUGUUAGUGUGAUGUAAGGCUGCGUUGAUUUUUCUUGCCAUAGUAAUUUUUCUCUUUAGUUGCUAAACACUCCACUGUGUUCACCAGCUAAUCGCUAGCUUUUCUGUUUAUGGGUUAGUGUACAGGGAGUCUGUCAGAGGUGUCUGGAAAUGAUGCUUAAGAUGGCUGCGAGACUGAAACAAAACAAUGAGCUCAAAGAUGCUAAAACUCUCUGUAGAGUUGAGGGAUAAUAAUUCUCUGUGGGUUCACCUCUAUGGAUGACCUCUUUUACACAUUACACAUAAAGUUUUAAUAGUUAGAUUGCACUCUGAGGAUUAUGAAGUGCAGUGUUCUGGCUGUGUGUGACACACUGGUGACAAACAACUCACGCAAAUUUCAAACAGUGUUUUCAGAAAUCCAACAUCCCAUCCAGGGAGGCUUCCCAUGUGUUGUUUGCUUCCCAUAAAAUUAUAAAGCCAAACCCUGUUCUUUUUUCCGAAACCCAACCACAUCAACAAAAUAGGUGUGAUGUGUAAGGGCUGUUUUGUUUCGGUCAAAAGUCUAGCUGCUGAGUUUGUAUAGUAUAGCAUAGUAGUAGAAUAUGUAUAUCUGAUGUAUAGAUCAAUUGUUUAAGCAGGUGAACAAGGCAUUACAGUAAUCAAGCCAGGAGGAUAUAAGAACAUGUAUGGUUUUCUUUGUGUUAUUGAAGGACAGAAGUGACCUACAUUUGGAGAUGGUACUCAGCUGGUAAAAAUCUGGACUAUGUUUUUUACAUGUUGCCCCUGGGUCAAAUUACUGUCCAGAAUAACACCCAGAUUUUUUUACACCUGAUUUUAUGUACAGAGUGAGGGGGGUGAUGAAUGGCUGAAUUUGGUUUGAGUUAUGUGAUGAGAGCUUCUGUUUUUCAGAGUUGAAUUUUAAGAAGUUUUGGGGCAUCCAGCUUUUUUCUUUUCAAGAUGGCACCACCCGAGUGGCAGCUGGUUACAGUAGCUCCGACCCCUUUCUGCAGGGGUCUCAAACUCACGGCCCGGGGGCCAGACACGGCCCUCCAGACAAUUCUAUACGGCCCGCUAUUUGAUAUCAAUUUAUAGUGAAAUCCGGCCCGCUGCUGCGGCCGUGAACGCAGCGGGCCUUGAACGCAGCCUUGUCACGACUGAGGAAAAAUGCCUGAUUCUGUUUUUGACCCUUCAGCGCAUCAUCCUAGGACCCCUGAACGCAUCACCACACCUUAAAUCAAGUAGAAAAAAAAACACAAACGUUUGGCACGCUGCUAACACUAUGGCCAAAAGAAAGGUUGACGCUGAGCACAGAGUGUUUCAGGAGAGGUGGGAGACUGAUUAUUUCUUCGUCGAGUUUAAGGGGAAUGCCACCUGUCUCAUCUGCAAUGAGAAAAUUGCCGUGUUUAAGGAGUACAAUCUAAAGUGGCAUUAUUCAACUAAACAUGCAGAGCAGUAUGCUAAGUACCAGGGAGAUGAACGGACACAACGAACUGCACAGCUAAAGAAAGGACUGUCAACGCAACAAAACUUCUUCCAGAGAGCAAGAAAGGAGUCCGAUGGAGCACUUGAAGUAAGUUACGUUGUCAGUGAGAUGAUCGCCAAAUCGGGAAAGCCGUUUACUGAAGGUCUGUUUCUUAAAGACUGCAUGGUGCAAGGUGCAAAUAUUGUCUGUCCAGAAAAAACGAGUCAGUUCAGCAACAUCUGUCUGACAGAAAACACAGUGGCAGAGCGCAUUACUGAGCUAUCAAGUGACAUUUAUGAACAGUUACGUGACAAAUGCAAAAGUUUCCGUGCAUCCUCUGUGGCACUGGAUGAAAGCACAGACAUUAUUGACAUGGCUCAGCUUGCCAUUUAUGUACGUGGCAUUAAUGACCAGUUCCAAAUAACAGAAGAGUUACUGAGUGUGACCCCGAUGCAAGGCCGCACCACAGCUAAGGAUGUUUCAGGUGCUGUCUGACUCACUUGAGAAGGCUGCCCUCUCCUGGAAGUCGCUGGUAGGAAUAACGACAGACUGCGCACCAUCUAUGAUAGGGAGGAAAAACGGACUUGUAGCGCUUGUUCAAAAAAAACUGGAGGAGGAAGGUGCAGAUUCUGCAAUUUCUCUGCACUGCAUUAUCCAUCAGCAGGCACUAUGCAGCAGGUGUUUGAAGUUUGACAAUGUGAUGUCUGUUGUUGUGAAAUGUAUCAAUUUCAUCAGAUCCAGGGGCUUACAGCACCGCCACUUCCGUGCCUUUUUGGAGGAAAUUAACGCAUCAUAUGGGGAUGUGCUGUACUUCACAGAGGUACGGUGGCUCAGCAGGGGAAAUGUCCUGAAGAGGUUUUUUGAGCUGAGAACAGAAGUGAAGACGUUCAUGGAGGAGCUUGAUGAUCCCAUGUGGCUGAUGGACCUAGCUUUUCUGGUUGACAUCACACAGGAGCUGAACACACUCAACCUGAAGUUGCAGGGUCCAGGCCAGCUUGUUACUGCAGCUUUUGAAAAUGUCAAAGCUUUCAUGACAAAACUGAUGUUAUGGAAAGCCCAGCUCUCUGAGAAAAAACUCUUCCAUUUCCCAGCGUGCAGAUCUGUAGUGGAGGAGGGCACAGCAUUCAGUUGUGAAAAAUAUGUCGCUGCCUUUGAGAAGCUACAGCAGGAAUUUGACCAGCGGUUUGCAGACUUCAAGACACACAGUGCCACUUUCCAAAUGUUUUCUGACCCCUUCUCCUUUGAUGUGCAGAAUGCCCCCACUGUGUUACAAAUGGAGCUCAUUGACCUUCAGUGCAAUUCUGUACCCAAAGCCAAGUUCAGAGAGGCAAGUGGAAAAGAAGACAAGCUUGGAGAAUUUCUGAGAGAACUACCCCCAUCCUUCCCAGAGCUUUCCAGGAUGUUCAAGAGGACCAUGUGCCUUUUUCAAUCAAUCAAUCAAUCAAUCAAUCAAUUUUAUUUAUAAAGCCCAAUAUCACAAAUCACAGUUUGCCUCACAGGGCUUUACAGCAUACGACAUCCCUCUGUCCUUAUGACCCUCACAGCGGAUAAGGAAAAACUCCCCAAAAACCCCUUUAACGGGGAAAAAAAAACGGUAGAAACCUCAGGAAGAGCAACUGAGGAGGGAUCCCUCUUCCAGGACGGACAGACAUGCAAUAGAUGUUGUACAGAACAGAUCAGCAUAACACAUUAACAGUAAUCCACAUGGCACAAUGAGACACAGAGAGAGAGAGAGAGAGAGAGAGAGAGAGAGAGAUGCAGGUAAUGACAGUAGCUUACAACAACAUUGUUGAAAGUAAUAAUAUUAUAGUUAUAGUUCUGGCUACUGUGGUACAAUAUGUUGAAAGUAUGUAUUAAUACCUGGCAGUAUACAUGUGUGACAAUAGUCAUAUGUGUAUAAUAACAGUAGAAGUAUGACUAAUGACUAAUGAUGGCAGCAGCAGCAGGAGGCAUCUGGCAGGACCACGGCAGCAGCACAACCACACACGUCACGCUGUCAAGGCACCGUUGCGAUAUGAGUUAAUCUGAGAGACAGUGGAGCACAAAGGCUCCGGAGAAGAAGCCGAGUUAGUGACAUCCAGAAUGGCCGAGUUAGCAAGAUGCAGUAAUAGAAUACGAGAGAGAGAGAGAGAGAGAGAGAGAGAGAGAGAGAGAGAGAAGGUGCCCGGUGUAUUAUAGGGGGUCCUCCGGCAGACUAGGCCUAAGUCAGCCUAACUAGGGGCUGGUACUGGGCAAGCCUGAGCCAGCCCUAACUAUAAGCUUUAUCAAAGAGGAAAGUCUUAAGUCUAGUCUUAAAUGUGAAGACGGUGUCUGCCUCCCGGACCGUAACAGGAAGAUGAUUCCACAGGAGAGGAGCCUGAUAGCUGAAGGCUCUGGCUCCUGAUCUACUUUUGGAGACUUUAGGGACCACAAGUAACCCUGCAUUCUCAGAGCACAGUGUUCUGGUGGGAUAAUAAGGCACGAUGAGCUCUCUAUGAUAUGACGGAGCUUGACCAUUGAGAGCUUUAUAAGUUAACAGUAGGAUUUUAAAUUCAAUUCUGGAUUUUACAGGGAGCCAGUGCAGAGAAGCUAAAACAGGAGAAAUAUGAUCUCGUUUCUUAGUUCCUGUUAGUACACAUGCUGCUGUAUUCUGAAUUAGCUGGAGAGUUUUUAAGGACUUACUAGAGCUACCUGAUAAUAGAGAGUUACAGUAAUCCAGCCUUGAGGUAACAAAAGCGUGGACCAAUUUUUCUGCAUCUUUUUGGGUCAGGAUAGGCCUAAUUUUCGCAAUAUUACGCAAAUGAAAAAAUGCAGUCCAUGAGGUUUGUUUUAAAUGAGAAUUAAAAGACAAAUCUUGAUCAAAUAUUACUCCGAGGUUUCUUACGGUAGUGCUAGAGGCCAGAGCAAUGCCAUCUAGAGAAACUAUGUCAUCAGAUAAAGAGUCUCUGAGUUGUUUGGGGCCAAGAACAAUAACUUCAGUUUUGUCUGAAUUUAACAUCAGGAAAUUGGUGCUCAUCCAGGUUUUUAUGUCUUUAAGGCAGUUAUGGAGUUUAGUUAAUUGAUUACUUUCUUCUGGCUUCAUCGAUAAAUACAACUGUGUAUCAUCCGCAUAACAAUGGAAAUUUAUAGAGUGAUUUCUAAUGAUGUUACGUAAAGGAAGCAUAUAUAGAGUAAAUAGGAUUGGUCCGAGCACAGAACCUUGCGGAACUCCAAAACAAACUUUGGUACGUAAGGACGAUUCAUUAUGAACGUGAACAAACUGAAAACGAUCAGAUAAAUAAAUAAAUCAAAUCAAAAUCAAAUAAAUUUCUGGCCUACAUGACUCAAGUAGUAUUUUAAUAAGCCCAACUAUCAGUAACUAUUUUAUUAUUAUUUUUUAGUUGGCAGUAAGCAUCUACUUAUCAACUCCCUGAUCAUAUCAGAAUGGACCAUUUUUUUCAUAGCAAUGGUGGAUCUUGAGGCUUCUCAAUAGUUCCUGGAAGUAAGCAGCACAUGCUGGCAGCACAAUGGAGUUACAGCAGAAAAGACCGGUUGUGACGGACUUUUAACGGGUAAGACAUCUAAAAAUUCAAAUUUUAUAUUAUCAGCACAUCUUAACUACAUUAACAUGUGCAUUAAAUCCAGUGUUGUGUGUAACGCGUUACAGUAAUGUAACUACUUUUAUUGGGUAAAAAGUAGUGUGACGCGUUACUACUGAAAAUAUGGUAACGGAACGUAGUUACUUUGUCAGUUGGGCUCAACGUUACUUUUCCCGGGGACAGAUUUGACGGUGACACUGCCUGUCUGCCUCAGCUGCGCACUAGGCAGGAACUGUGACAGUUGCCAUGUCAACAGUACAGACAGGAGCGCCAAAAUCAAGAAUCGUAUGAGGAAUAUGGAAGAUACACACGCCUCUUCAGAUUAUUUUAACGGUUUGCCAACCGAAGACAGGUUAUCUUAUUGUAAUAAGCUAACAAUUAGCAACGGAGUCAGGUUUCCUGACCCGUACUUAAUGUCGGGUCAGUGGGUCACCGACCCAACGAAAUGGCCUAAGCUACAGUGGCCGGACAUUUUUUUAUAUCUUGUGGA